AUGCCUCAGGAUAUGCCCCCUCGGGGCGGGUACGAGCCCGUUCAGUACAAGCGAAACCUCCCCGCGAAGGGUUUCCGUCCCGGUAUCCUCCUCCUUGGAAUGGGCGCUGUGAUGGGCUACGGCUGGUAUAAGCUGAUCGGCGGCAUGCGCGAGGCCAACGAACUCGGCCGUGAAAAGAUGUGGGCUCGCAUCAAUCUCAUUCCCCUCCUCCAAGCCGAAGAGGACCGCGAUCAGGUCCGUCGAUACCUUGCCGAUCAGAAGCGCGAGAAGGAGUUGCUCGGCGACAAUGCCAAGGUUUACAACAGUGACCGAUUCGUGAGGCCGACUUUCGCUGUUACACCCCCUCCUACUACAAACUAA